CUUGAAACCGUGUUGUCGACCUCAACCAAGGUAGACAUACAACCAAUACCGUCACUGCGUGCGAAUUGCUGCAUCGACAACCUGCCACACCUCCUCGCAAUAUGCCGGCGUGCCUAACCAGCAGCGCUACCUUGCGUCCCUCCUGGAGGCCACCCCUUGCACCGUUUCUCCCGACCCUUUAAAGCUCACUCCCGCAUCAUGUUCGUCCUCGAAGAGCCUAAGUCGAGCAAAAGACCGCGUCGCUCACCAGAGCCUGAAGAUCCUGAGCAGGAGCCGAUAUCGAAGAGACAAAAAUCGGAAAGCCGUGCUCAGAGUGGCUACCCUCCUCCCAGAUUCUGGGAUACGCUGUCCAAGAUUCGACUAACUCGUGGUGCCCUCAAGGAGUUUGAGCGCAGGAACGUUCAUGAAAAGUGUCGGCCACAUUACAUUGCUAUAGCGAACAUUGGAUGCGCUAAGGGGCGAGCUCGACAACGGCUGAAGAGACUUGCUCACAGUGGUGGCCUUGACUUAUCGCACCUUCGAGGAUUUGCAAAUUCUUCCCUUUCCCCUGACGAUACAAUGAGCAACUCGAUCAAUUCUCAAAAUCCAAGGUCAUCGGAACAAGCUGGCUCCAGCAAGAUCACCCCAUACAACCGCGAUUUUGAGCAAAAAUUGAUCGAUAUCGGGAUCUACCCGAACAACAAAGCUUCCAAACCAGAGAAUCUGCAUGAGGUCCGCACGCACCUAGCAACUGCUCGAUCCUCUCUUUCUCCUUCUCGAUUUACUGAUGAUGACUUUCUUGAAUUCCAAGAACUGUGCGAGUUAGCGUCCAGCGAGUCGACCGCAAUGAGCAAGAUCAUUCCCAUUAUUGCGGGACAAGGAGAUAAGGGACGUCGCUCAAUGGGUGGUAUUCCGUACAAUAACCUCAAAUCUUUUGACGAAGAUCUAAGUGUCCCGGUGCUGGACAUGUACGACGGAGCGCCACCAUCAGCCAUCCGUCCACGCGUCCGCGCUGACCUUGGAAAACAAAUCAUUCCCUCUACCAACACAAGCCGUCCAGCCGCGCCGAACUUUUUCCUGGAGGGGAAAAGCCCUCAAGCACGGUCGGAUGUUGCUAAGAGACAAGCUUUAUAUAAUGGUGCUGUGGGAGCUCGAGCAAUGCAUAGCCUGCAGAAUUACAAGGCCGAAGAGCCCACCUACGACGACAAGGCGUACAGUUUCAGCAGUACCUUCCACAACGGGUUAUUGAAGAUCUACGCUAUCCAUCCGACGCAGCCUGCAGUCCCCGGGAGAAACCCAGAUUACCACAUGACUCAAGUACGCUCCAUUGAUUUGACAGAUUCGCCAGACCACUGUCGAGAAGCUGCCGCAGUCUACCGCAACUCCCGAGUUUUGGCCAAGAAAGAGCGGGACCGCUUCAUUAAGCACGCCAACGAGGUGGCCCAACAACUGAACCCCUGUAGCCCCUCCACUACACGUACGGACAGCCGUACAUCGCGUUCGACGGGCUACGUUCGCGGAUCCGACACCUCUGAAGACGAGCUGGCUCGGGAUGAGGUGACCCCAGUCAAGCGCCUGAGACCAAGUGUGGCGCCGGCCAUAAGGUACGGUUCUGCAAGUGGACGAGAUGGUCGCACUGCUUCUUCCACAACCCCGAUGGCUACCGACAGAGCAUCCUUGCCGUCUCCAUCGCAUAUAAGGUCGAAGACUAGACGUGGAGGGCUACCAUCUGCGGAGGGUGACGUUUCCCAGCAUUCAACUUCCCCUAUACGCCAUGCGCCGGAAGAAUCUACAAUGGGAAGCUCAUCAGAGAUCUUUAGGCGCUUUCAAUGCGCGCAGAGCUUGGGACAACCUCGUCAAACAAAUCCCAUGGUCGAGGUCCCUUCGAAGCGGAUGCGCCAUGAAGAGGAGGUGGGCUGGCGCAUCAAGCUCAUGGGUAAAUCCAUCUUCGUCGCGGAUUCGCAGUGGACUACUGGCGAGCAGGAUGGACAGCCAGUGCUCUACUGUGCUCGGCUCAACGUCUUUAUAUGUCGGUCCAUGAGCGGUGGGCGUCGGUGAACGCUCUAAACAUUCGGAGGAGACGAGAGCGGGUAACCGUGCUUCAAUGUUGGUUCCGUGGGUCUGGUCACUUCCACUCAUGGUCGGAUACCUGGCGUUUGGGUUCCUGUUCUGGGUGUUCCUCGUCGGCUGAUUAUUUGUCGGGCCCAGACUACGUAAUGAUCUCAUCUCGGCUUCUCGCUUC